AUGUCCACAGUUCCAGCGGCCAAGCCGAUACACGCCGGACCAGAAGACUCGUGGCACGGUGUUGUUGCGCCCGGUUCACGCUUUGCCCCAGAGGCUGGCCGAUACCACUUGUACAUCGGCCUGUUCUGCCCCUUUGCCCACCGCGCAAACCUGGUGCGCCAUCUCAAGGGACUACAAGACAUAAUAUCCAUUUCCAUCGUGAAGCCCUAUCCCAAGGGCGAUGACAAGGGUUGGCCGGGAUGGCAAUUUCCAGGGGCUCAGGGCCCAGAUGACGUUUAUGAGGGUGCCACAAGGGACAAGCUAUUCGGCUCCAAGCAUCUUCAUGAGGUCUACUUCAAGGCGGACUCAGAGUAUAAGGGUCGGUAUAGCGUGCCACUUCUUUGGGAUACAAAGGAGAACACAGCUGUCAACAAUGAAAGCCACGAGCUACUCCGCUGGCUACCGACAGCCUUUAACGAUGUCUUGGCCAAUGGCAGCCCAGAGAAGGAGAUGACCCUAUAUCCAGAGCAUCUCAGAGCCGAUAUUGACGAAAUCUCAGUGUGGAUGCAGCGUGAUCUAAACACUGGUGUCUACAAGGCUGGGUUCGCGCCAGAUCAGGAGACAUAUGAUAAGAAUGUCCCUGUCGUCUUUGCUGCUCUCAACCACUUGGAGCAAAUCAUAUAUGGGAAUUCCGGCCCAUAUAUUCUAGGCAAGGAUCUGACCGAGUUGGACAUUCGGGCUUAUGCCACCAUUGUUAGAUUUGAUGCUGUCUACGUGCAGCACUUCAAGUGUAACUGUAAGUAA